GACUUGCAGACAUGAGCAGCAGCAAAUACUUUGCCCUUGGGGGCGCCGACGACACCGAGUCGACGCAACGCUUCUUCACACGCAACAAGUUCCUUCCAUCUCUACCCACCAUGCUGCCGCACCGCCUGCGUCGCAAGUUCCGCAGCACACGCUCAAAGAUCCGAAGCAGACAAACGCCCUCGUCGUCCAUCUCGGCCCUGCAGACCAGCUUCAACCCCAAGGACACACUGCGCUCCCUCCGUGACCAUCAAUGGUCUGUCUACGAUGCACAAUAUAUCUUGCUCGCCAUUGUCGGCAUCUUUGCCCUCUGCGUCAUCCAAUCGCCCGGUCCCAUGGUCAAGACUGCCGUGGCCACGCUGUUGAUGCUGUCGCUGCUGUUGCCUAUCACUCGCCAAUUCUUCCUGCCAUUUUUGCCAAUUGCCGCAUGGCUCGUCUUCUUCUUCUCAUGCCAAUUUAUCGACGGCAAAUACAGGCCUCCGAUCUGGGUCCGCGUCUUGCCUGCCCUUGAAAACAUCCUCUACGGCGCAAACUUGAGCAACAUUCUAUCCGCCCACAAAGCCGUCGUUCUCGAUGUCCUCGCCUGGUUGCCUUACGGCAUCACCCAUUUCGGUGCUCCCUUCGUCUGCUCUGGUCUCAUGUUCCUCUUCGGUCCACCUGGAACCACUCCCACUUUCGCAAGAGCCUUUGGCUACAUGAACUUGACUGGUGUUAUGAUUCAGCUCAUCUUCCCCUGCUCGCCUCCAUGGUACGAGAACAUGUACGGUCUCGCUCCUGCCAACUACUCUAUGCAAGGCUCUCCCGCUGGUCUCGCCGCCAUCGACAAGCUUUUCGGCAUUGAUCUGUACACUUCUACUUUCACCGCCUCGCCCAUGGUCUUUGGUGCUUUCCCCUCGCUACACUCUGGAUGUGCCACCAUUGAAGCCUUGUUCAUGAGCCACACCUUCCCCAAGCUUCGUCCCUUGUUCAUCAUCUACACUGGCUGGCUCUGGUGGUCUACCAUGUAUCUUUCUCACCACUACGCUGUUGACCUUGUUGGUGGUAGCUUGCUUUCUGCUGGUGCCUACUACAUUGCANAGGGCAAGUUCCUGCCGAGACUGCAGCCUGGCAAGAUGUUCCGCUGGGAUUACGAUUAUGUCGAGGUUGGUGAGGCUAGAGAGGGCUAUGCUUAUGGUCUUACCGACCUGGCCGAGGAUGACUUCCACCCAGCCAACUUCGGCAUGGACAGCGGUGAUGAGUGGACCAUCGGCUCUUCAUCUUCGGUAGCGUCCUCCAGCAGAAGCCCUUCGGUUGGUGCAAGAAGCCCCGUUGACGAGUCCUGGGAGGGUGAUACUCUGGCCUCGACAUCGGACAACGAAUACUACCAACAAAAGCUAUACACCCAUGUCCAUAUGUUCCAAGCUCAUCACAUCGAGCGAGGGAGGAACGACGAAUGUUAUUCAAACCAGGGUGACAAUCCCAGCCACAAUCUGCGCACAGACCACAAAAACUUGCCCGACGUCGAGACCUCCGAGAUAUCGCAAGGGUCGCGAUCAGGCGCAAACCAGUUUCAUCACACAUAUACAAUCACAACCAUGGCCCGCAAAGCAAUCCAGACAGACCAGAUUGUCAAACUCAUUGUUGGCGCUGGACAGGCCUCGCCUUCGCCGCCAGUCGGUCCCGCACUGGGUUCCAAAGGUGUAAAGUCGAUGGAUUUCUGCAAGGAAUUCAACGCUCGCACUGCAAACUACGUCCCAGGCACACCAAUCCCAGCACGCGUAACCGUCCGCCCAGACCGCAGCUUCACCUUCGAACUACGCACACCACCGACCGCCUCUCUCCUCCUCUCCGCCGCCGGUGUAGAGCCCAAANAGAACAAAUUGCGCGGCGCAGGCAAUGUCGCAGGACCAAACUCCAAAGCCGGANUUGGGAGGUGUGGGAAAAGCUUCGGGAGGACAAUUGACGGCAGGAAAUGGAGGGUUGGGUNNGUUGUGGGGACGGUGAGUUUGAAGCAUGUGUAUGAGAUUGCGAAGAUUAAGCAUGGGGAGGAGAGGUUGAGUGGGUUGACGUUGGAGGGGGUGGCGAGGAGUGUGGUUGCGCAGGCGGGGAGUAUGGGUGUUGUUGUUGUGCCU